AUGGAAUUUUUGCUGAUAAGCUUAAAACGUCAUGCCUUUCGGCCAACCCUCCGCAGAGAUUCUCAUGCACAUGAUGAAAGCCCCCUACAGGGCGAGGGCGUGGACUUUUCAAGAGACCAUGAAUUCUCGACGAAGCUCUUGUGCCAAGACUCCCGUCAUUGCCCUGUCUAUGUCUUGUGGUACGGAUUGCAGCAGAUUUCGUUUUCUCGCAGCUGGCAGCAUGGAUUGGACCUCCGCAUUCAUUUGCACACGAAGAAACACCUCGAAGCUGUGGACGACAGGCUCACUCUGCUGCGAGCAAGGCUACGCGUAAAGGCAACUGACCCACGCGACAAAGUCCACGCCUUCCGAGCCUUUCUCCCCAAUUCGUUGGGCAAGAUGACCGUGAAUUACAACUCUUCCGUUGUGGAGACCUACAGUGACGCUACCAAACACUACAUCACUGGACAUUCAGACUUGCUUAUCUUGUAUGAGACACUCCGACACCCACAGACAACACCUGGCCUUCCAUCCUGGGUUCUAGAUUGGGCCGUCGAAGACGUGCUUUCAACGCGUCCGUUCCAUCAUGCUUAUGUCAAGACCGGGCGUGCAUCAAACGGAAGUCCGCCUCUUUACCAUUUCUCAAAUGACAAUACGAAACUCUACCUAACGGGUAAGAAAAUUGGUCAAGUAGGAAGCCGUUUCGAUCAGUUCACGUCCAAGCUUCAUCCAGAGCCCUUUACGGGAUCCAUAAUCGACCAGGAAGUUUAUAAGAAGGAGAUUACCAGGUGUUUCCUAAUACCUAGCGAAUUUAUAACUGCUGAACCACCGGCUGGGAUGGAGGUCGCGACAGUCGAGUACAAGUUCAAGGCUUUCCAACGUGUUAUUUUGCGGCUAAUACGCGACGGCUCUCCCUUGACGUGGACAAGCGAGUUCCUGCUAAAUCAGAAGCUAUUCAACCCCAAGGACAGCGUCAAAACAGCACUUGCAGCAAGGUUAUCCAGCUACUUGGUCAAGUGGCACAUUGCCACGACAUUUAGGUCGGCAUGUCCUCUUCUCACAAUAGAUGGUCGAUUCGGGCUUGGCUACUGUGCCCUUGAAGUUGGUGAUUCGAUCUCUGUUUUUGCGGGGCUACCGACUCCAUUGAUCCUCCGCCCCUGUGGCCUGGGAUGGAAACUCAUAGGCCUUGCCCACGUUGACGGCUCGCUGGAUGGAGAAUUCUGGCCUGAAAAUGAGAAGGGUUUGGAAAAGUGGGAAAUUGUCUGA